AUGGAUUUGACGAUAUUGUCGGGUCCAGGUGAACUUCUACCGUGUGAUCCAGAAUGUAUGCUAGUAUAUUGUUAUAUUAGGUUGAAAGGAGCUCCCAUCAACUUGAAAAUGGAGUCACCUUACAGGAAGAAUCCUAUUGAUUACCCUAUUCUGAGUCACGACAGCAAGAAUUACAGUGGCAUUCCAGUUAUCCUAACAUAUUUACGGAGGGAGAAUUAUGGUUUAGAAUAUGAGUUAUCGGAUGUUGAAGGUGUUCAAUUAUGUGCUCUUAUCUCAGCUAUUGAACGUCGUUUAUCUCCUGCUGUAAAUUGGUUCUUAUGGUCUGAUGACUCUGUGUAUACUAAAUUCACAAGAAGAAUAUAUUUUGAAACAAUUGGAUUUAUGCAUCAAUUUUAUAUUCCAUAUAUUUGGCGUAAUGAAAGAAUAAGGAUUGCAAAAUCGUCUCAGUUAGUUAUAUGCUUGAAGUCUAUGUCUGAAUCACAAAUUGGAGAGUAUUUAUAUGCAUUGGCCAAACUCUGUAUUACAUCACUUUCAUACAUUUUGGGUGAAAACACCUAUUUCGUGGGGAAUCGACCUACUGCUGUAGAUGCUUAUAUCUUUGCAUAUAUCUGGCCUUUAUUACUCUAUGAAUCAGAACAUGGUGAUGCCAGCUGGUGGGAUAUGGACUAUAACAAAUCAUCAUCUAGGCAUGUACAAUCAGGUCUACAUCAGCUGAUCACACACUUAUUACAAUGUCCCAAUAUUAUUCGACAUUUUAAGCAUAUUGUGUCCAAGUACUUCCCUAAACAAGUGAAGUAUUUUAAAAAAGAAAAAUUAGUUUUAGAUAAAUCGACUGUUUCACAUCCAAUACGUGAUUGUCUUCUUUGGGGUACAGGAGUAGCUGGUCUGUUUAUAAUCUAUGCAUAUUAUUCAAAUAACCUAAGAAUUCCACGUAGAUUCUGUGGAUAA